GCUAAACAGCUGUGCAGUGAUGUUGGUAGAGCUAGCUUUCUCAGUGUAACAACAGGGGUUGGUAGCUAGGUAGCUUUCGGUGCUGUGAUUGCACACACAACGCACCUUACUAAACAUACACAAAUGUAUAUUAACCAGUUUGUUCGACAUCAAACGAUGGAGCGGAUACCAGACUUGUACCGUACUAUUAUAUCAAGCACUAUUUUUUGCUGAGUUUUCAAUGUCAUCUGUAGCUAGCUAGCUAAAGUAGCUAGCAUCUGCUAGUAAGGCCGCGGCCAGCGGAGGGAGACGGCCAGCUUGCUGUAGUCGAGGCAGGCAGUCGUGUCUGGCGGCUCCGGUUGGCUUGUCGCCUGGUCGGUCACUCGGUUCUACCCUCGGUAGAGCCAUGUCGUCGUCCAGUUGCUGCCACUUGCCCGGUUCGCUGUGUGACGACUCCGCCACCGCGGAGCUGCCCAAGGAUACGCACGAGACCCAGUCCGGACAGGCUCAGUACGUUGCCAAGGUGACGGCCAAAGAUGGCCGACCUCUGUCCACCGUUGUCAAGUCAGUCGGUUCUCAGAGUAACGAGGGCAUGUGUCGUAUCUGCCAUGAGGGUGCUGGGGGCGAGACCCUGCUGACCCCCUGCAGCUGCAGCGGCACGCUGGGAAAGGUGCACCGCAGCUGCCUGGAGAAGUGGCUCUCCUCCUCCAACACCAGCUACUGUGAGCUCUGCCACACCGAGUUCACCAUCGAGCGCAGGCCUCAGCCCCUCACACAGUGGCUGAGAGACCCGGGCCCCCGCAGUGAGAAGCGGACGCUGCUGUGUGACAUGGCCUGCUUCCUGCUCAUCACGCCGCUGGCCGCCAUCUCAGGCUGGCUGUGCCUGCGGGGCGCCCAGGACCACCUGCAGCUCCGGAGCAGGCUGGAGGCCCUGGGCCUCAUCGCCCUCACCAUCGCCCUGUUCACCAUCUACAUCCUUUGGACCCUGGUGUCGUUCAGGUACCACUGUCAGCUCUACUCCGAGUGGCGGAGGACCAAUCAGCAGGUGCGUCUGCUGGUGCCUGACAUGAAGGGCGGACGCACCACGCAACAUUCCGUCCCCGCCAAGUCCACCAAGAAAACCACAGACGAGACCAUCGUAUGAGCCUGGCGCCGGGGCCCCUUACUGGGGGUGGGGCCCGUUGCAAAUGGGUGGGUCCCGUUGCAAAGGGGUGGGGCCAAUUGUCGGGGGCGGGGCCCGUUGUCGUGGGUGGAGCCUGUUUCCACGGGUGGAGCCUGUUUCCAUGGGUGGAGCCUGUUGCCUGGGGCAGGGACUGUUGCCAGGGGCCGUGCCUGGUACUCUGUAUCAUAAUAAAUGUAUCAUAAUAAUAAUAGUAAUUCAGAUAUUAUUAAGGACUGGAACUCGUGCACUUACGGAGCGCUGUGGGAACUUUCCUGUCUGACCUGAAGACCCCGCUUAGCCCUCCAUGUCCUCACCUGUGUGAGACCGCAGCCAUAACAACCAUGGCUGUAAGAUGAUGAACACUAGAGACUGACUUCCACCUGAAGACUCAUGUAGCAGGAUGUAACUGAUGCAGCAUGUAUAUCUAACUCCCUCUCUAUCCUCUUCUUUCCAUCCUCCCCUCUUUAUCUACUCUAUCCUCUCCUCUUCCUCCUCAUCUUUCCUCCUCCUCCUCCUCCUCUCAAAAAAGGUGGGGAGAGGGAGGUGGGGAGAGGGAGAGAGAUAGGGAGGGGAUAGGGCUAGCAGUGUCAGUGUGGAUUGUUGUCUUCCUGUAACACC